GAUGUAGGAUAUUUGGGAUAGGACACGCACAUAUUCUUAUCUUUGCCCUGACACAAAUAACAGACUCCGACACUGGCGAAUUUAUUGUGAGUUCGUCACUCUCCGUAAAGUCGCUGAUGCUACCCAACGUAUUUCCCAGGAGAGUUCCAAUACAGAUUACUGGAUUUUCGGGUACGACAUAAUGGAGUUUAUCCCAGGGACAUUGUUAUGUUGUUUGUCUAUAUCACCCAUUGUUAUGCUCGGUUGUGUAAUUGUGAUGUCCCUUAUUUGGGCAUCUAAGAACCGGAACUCGGCCACCACGGCACCUGGACCAUUCCCUUGGCCUCUGAUAGGAAAUUUGGUGAGUCUGGGUAAAAAGCCACAUGAAUAUUUAACAAAACUUAGAAACACAUAUGGAGAUGUGUUUCAAAUAACGAUGGGAAGUACACCGACCAUUGUGUUGAACGGCCUCGGAACUAUACGGGCGGCCCUAAUUAAACAAGCUGAAGACUUCGCGGGGCGGCCAGACUUUUAUUCCUUCAAAUUCAUAGCCAAUGGAAACAGCAUGGGGUUUGGGGACUUCGGACCUCGAUGGAAAAUGCAUCGUCGUAUCGCCCAGAACUCCCUGGCAUUAUUUACCAAUAAACGGAACAGUCCUAUAGAGAUGGCUAUUGCGUCGGAAGCAGAUUUACUUACAAGCAAUUUUCUGGCGUCAGAGGGCGCCCCGUUUGACCCUCAUAACGAAAUCUAUCUUUCGGUUGGCAACAUUAUCUGCGCUUUGUGUUUCGGUAAGCGUUAUAAGCGUGACGAUGAGGACUUCACACAUCUAGUUAAAAUGAACGAUGAAUUCAUGGCGUUUGCAGGCGCCGGAAACCCAGUAGACAUCAUGCCAUGGAUGCGACACUUUACUAAAGGUUCAUUCAAUAAAUUCAUUGGUAUCUUGGAAACCAUGAACAAAUUCAGCUUGAAGAAGCGACAAGAACAUUUGGACACUUAUGACGCUUCUCACAUGAGGGAUAUCACAGACGCGCUCAUAAAGGCAACGGACGAUAUCCCUGACGAGGACAAGGAAGCCGUGGGCCUUACGGACGAGCACAUCCUCACAACGGUCCAAGAACUUAUUGGCGCGGGGUUCGACACCAUCGCUAGUAGUCUUCAAUGGUCAGUGUUAUUCAUGGCCACACAUCCGGAUGUCCAGGAAACUGCGCACGCAGAAAUUCGAGAAAAGGUCGGCCUCAGUCGCCAAAUCUCGUUUGACGACAUUGAGUGCUUGCCAUACACAGAGGCAUGCAUGUUUGAGACAAUGCGUCACUCAUGCAUCUUCCCAUUCGCUUUACCACACAGUACCACUCGGGAUACGAUCCUUGACGGACACUUCAUCCGGGCACAUACCCUCGUCUUCGUCAAUCUUUGGUCCGUCAACCGUGACCCGGAAGUGUUCGAUAACCCUGAUAAAUUUGACCCCGAAAGGUUUUUAGAUUCUGAUGGAAAUGUCGACAAAAACAUGGUGGACAUGUUCCUUCCGUUCGGUGCUGGGAGACGGAAAUGUCCGGGAGAACAACUUGCAAGAAUGGAACUGUUUUUGUUUUUUGCUUCGAUGAUUCAAAAGUGUUUGUUUGUAACAAUCCCCGGAAAGGAGCCCGUUAUCGAUAGCAAAUACGGGCUUACGCUAAAACCGCUGGACUUUGAGGUUACCGUGUCGGCAAGACUAUGAUCAAACUCAAAGUCUGUAUUACAAUGUUAUUGUAUUAUACAUGGUACCAUAGCCCGGGUUUCCUCUGGCCCUCACUCCAGACUUUGACAUUCCACCAGCUAGAUGUCUGUAGUUAGAACGUCAUAUAUUGGUGUCUGGGCCAGAGGAAAGUCGGACUUCUGCUACCACGGUUACUUUCAAUGAUUCAUUGAGAGCUUGUAGUUGGAAAAUGUAAAGGUAAACAUUUUAGCGGUAAGCUUAUUUUGGCGUUUAAAGUAAUGUGUUUUUUGUUUUACUAAAGAACUCGUCGCACAAUUGUUAUGUUGUUCCCUAUCACUUGUAUUGUGAAACUAUUUAUCGGUACAGUCAUUUUGGCACUCGCAUGUAGUGUUUGUACUCAGAUUAAGAAGUAUCAUUUUAUUCUGGAAUGUUCAUUAUACGAAAAAAUAGGUCAUAUAUUGUAUAGGAAAUAUUACGUUAGACCGAAUGUUAAAAUUUAUACCAUCAGAAAUCUGUACCGUCAUUUAAAAUCUGGCCAAGUGUACAAAGCAAAUGAAUUAAGAAUUGAACUACUAUUUAGCUAAGGAAUAUGUUAAAUUAUGUGUAUAGCACAAUUCGGUUACAAUAUGGUAAUACAUGCUUUACUGUAAAUCAUUUAGACUUCGCGAAUACUUGUUUCUAUCUUCAUAUAUAUUCGCGAAUACAUGAUUUCGCGAACGAUGACCUAGAAAUGAUUAUUUUAAUAUGCUAAUGAUGAUAUUUUAGAGUCAUUGACUCGUCUGAGUCCUAUAUCCGUUACCGAUAGCUUGAUUGUAAUCCAAAGGUGUUAUUUUCGUACAAAUGAUCGCGAAGGAUUUGAAUCUCGCGAUUGGCUAUCCUCGCGCUUGGCUAUCCCCGCGAUUGAAUAUCCUCGCGAUUGGCUAUCCUCGCGAUUGGCAAUCCUCGCGAUUGGCUAUCCGCGCGAUUGGCUAUCCUCGCGCGUUAACGCGAGGUAAAUCCCAAACAAAAUAUAAAUGAUUUACAGUAAUAAUCAGUCAGAAAUGUUUCAUUUAUAAGUUUAUUAAUUGUUGUUGGCUAAAAUCGUACCAAAAUAAUAUGUAGGUAACACUUUACUGAAUGCUGUUCUGAAUACUUAUAAUAUCACGCAAUCACGACAUGUAUACUUGUAUGAUGAUUAUGUGUAUAAAGGUAAUAUAAUGCCUUUUGGAAAAUAAAGAUAUAUGUCUGUAAU